AUGGCCUCCUCCUCCUCCUCCGUCGCAGGCAGCGCCGCGGCCUCGACGCGCGCCCUGCUGCACGCCGCGCUGCCGCCGCUGCUCGACGCGCUCGCCGCGCUGCCCGCCGCAUCUGCGUCGCUCACCGCGCCCGACGAGGCGCAGGCGCUGCUGGCGCCGCGUGUGCGCGACCUCGCCGCCCAGCUCGGCCCGCGCGACGGCGACGUGGGCGACGUGGUGCGCGACGCCACGCACCUGGCGCUGCGCGACGCCGUGCUCGAUGCACUGCCCGUGCACGCCGCCGCCACGGGUGCCGCACCCGGCGUGUACCUCGACGACGGCGCCGCACGCGCCCUCUUCGACCGCCUCGACGUCGUCGUCGCCUUCGACGAGGCGGCGCUGCUCGACGCCGCGCAGCCGCUGCUGCUGCUCGAGGAGCUCUUCGACGCGCUGCCGCUGCCGUCGUGCGCCGUGCUCUUUGCCUACCUGCGCUCGCGCCUGCACCUGCUCACCGUCGCCCUCUCGCCGGCGCGCGGCAAGGGCCUGACGCUGCUGCGCACGUGCAACGAGCUGCUGCGCCGCCUCUCCAAGCCCACGCGCCCCGACACGGUGCUGGCGGGCCAGGUACUGAGCCUGCUCAGCGCCGUCUUUCCGCUCGGCGAGCGCAGCGGCGUCAACCUGCGCGGCGACUUCAACGUCGAGAACCGCACGACGCUGCAGCCGCUGCCGGCGCCGGCCGAGCAGGAGCGAUCACCAGAGGGCGAGGAUGCGGCCAUGGCGUCGCCGUCGGCCGGCGCCACGCCCGAGGCGUCAGCCAGCGCGCUGCCGGCGCUCAACACGCCCGCCGGUCUCAGUGCCGUCUGCGCGGCGCCUGCCUUCUAUGCCACCUUCUGGUCGCUGCAGAGCUUCUUUGCCAACCCGGCGCUGCUCUUUGCCGAGUCUGUCGUGUCGACACCGGACGGCGCUGAUCCGGCGCCGGACGGCACCCCAGGCGCCAUGAAGAGCCUGCGCAUCGCCACGCGCAUGACGCUCGAUGUCUUCGUCGCCGCUGCCAAGCAGGAGCGCCUGCUCGCCGGCGCAGCAGCAUCAGACAGUGCUGCCGCGCGUCUUGCAGCUGCGGCGGCAGCAAAGGAGCGUGAGAAGGACAAGGCUGGCGAGGAGCGGCGGCCGACGGCCGGCGGGCAGCUGAAGCUGCAGGAGCAGAUGGAGGACACCGAGGCAGCUGGCGAGCGGCAGGACGAGGACUUCUUCCCAAAGUACUUGACUGGCCGGAAUUUGCUCGAGUACGAGCUCCGCGAUCCGCUCUUCCGGCGGCACGUGCUCGUGCAGUGGCUCAUCCUCUUCCAGUACCUGCUCUCGCUCGCCAAGGCGCCGCGCGAGAAGUGGGCCACGUGGAAGAACAAGGCGCUGAUUGUCGCCAACUUUACGCUCUCGGAGGCAGACGACUUGUGGAUCCGCACGACGUGGCGGGAGAUUGUCAAGGAGCUCAAGACCAUCCCGCCCGAGGGCAAGGUGUUCUCCGACUCGGUGCUGCUGACGCUGCGGCGAGAGGCACGCUGGAUCACAUGGAAGACGGAGAACUGCCCGCCGAUCGACCGGCCCUCUCUCUCCGCCGCGCACAUCCUCUCUACCGCUCAGGCAAGCGUCCGCGCACUGCGCGCACCCAAGCGCUUCCCGCACGCGCUCGGCACUGCUGCGCUCUCCUCAUUGUGGGAAGAAGGCCUUGCGCCGCCAGUACCGCGCACGCGCAAGCGGGAGGACGACGAGGGCAACGAGAUCGAGGUGUUGGAAGACGGGCUCGAUGACCUGGAGAUGCCGCCGCGCGUGCCAGACCUGCAGCACUACGCCAAGCAAAUUCGCCUGCAGGAGGACCAGGCGAACAAGCGGCGCAAGGCACUCGAGCAGCCCACAAUACCCACACCAACGACGGUCGCACGCACCGCCGACGAGCUGCGCGCCGACGUCGAGCGCGCGGCAAAGGAGCGCGACGAUGCACAGCUGGCGGCCAUCGAGGCGAAGCGGCAGAGCCUCAGCUGGCGCGCGCUGCGCCUGGCCGCCAAGGAGCACCUCAACCUGCUGACGCCGGCCAUCGCCACCGACGAUGUGACGCGGCUCAUGCUGGCGAUUGAGGAGGAGCGCAACCCGAAGCCCAAGCCGCCGCCUACGCCCGCCGCCGCUGCGCCGACCGCCACCACGCCGACGGCCUCGUCGCCGUCCAGUCAGCCGGCAGCGAUGAACCCACGGCACGCAGCACUAAAGGACGAGGCGCAGGCCGGUGCCUCGGCGGCGCCCUCGCCGAUCCACGUUGUGGUGCCGGACGUGCCGCGCAGCUCGUCGCCUGCGCGCGCGCCAGAGGACGCAGAGAAGGCGGAGAAGGCCGCGUCGCAGGAGGACGAGACGAUGAGCGCUGCCGCUGCGGCUGAGGAGGCGAAGAGCGAGAAGCCGGCGGAGCAGGCGGCAUCUCAAGAAGCGCCGAGUGGCGCCGAGGGGACAGGCAGCGAGGCCGUGCCUGUGGCAGAGCAGGCCAGCGAGGCGCAGCCGCAGGAGAAGGACGAGGAGAUGCGCGAUGCAUGAUCAGACGCAAUGCACAAUGUCACCACCU